AUGAAGAGACGUGAUAUGGAUAUCCACAAAACCAUCAGCAAUGCCAUCAGCAGCCAUCAAACUGUGCUGGACUCCAUCAACCAAGAGUUGAAAGAUUUGGAUGAGCAAGAGAAAAAUAGAAAAAGAAAAUUUCAAGAAAUCUCAUUGCAUUUCAGUGAAGAAAUCGUUGUCCAGGAAAAUCUUGGAAUCUCUAAAUUAGAAGCAACAAUUUCAGCCAAUCAAGAAACUUCGCUGAGAAAAGAGGAGAUAAUAAAAGAUCUGCAGAACCGACUGAAGCAGGCUGAUUCAAGGAUCGUCAAAUCUCCAUUCAGGCUUCAGCAAACAAUUGAACAUUAUAAGAAAAAGCUUCCAGACCAAAUACACGGAGUGGAAGAAGCUGUUGCAAAGUACAGAGAAGAAAGAGAAGGUCUGAGACACGAUUGUGAAAGGAAAAGCAAGGAAGCGGUGAAGAACUUCUCAAAUGUGAUGGACAAUGCUGUAACUGAGUGGAAGGAUUCGGUGGUUACUGUGAAGAACAAGACUUCAAAGAACAAAAAAACUAUGGAAGCUUAUCACAGUUUAAUUAACAAGAUGCAAGCCAGUCACCGAGAUUUGGAAGAUCAAUGCUCUGGCAAAGAACAGUUAUUGAAAAAUUUUCAAGCAAGUUUGUCAAAAUAUGAUGAACAUCUGUCCGUUUUGUUAAUGAAAUCAAAUAAGGCUGUAAAAGAACACCAAGAAGAUUAUGCUUCCUAUUGUGAUUCCAUCAAACGAUUUGAACUGCUGGUGAAAGAGCAAGAAAGAAAGAUUUUCAAUAAGUUCAUGGACCAUUUGAAGUUCAUUCAAAAGAAUUCCAUUUACAAAACUGAUGAUGUUUAA